ACAGUCCGAAAGAGCUCGCACUCCAGCUUGGCGUUCAGUCCGGCACAGACGCUCUAAGUCUCUCUCCGACCUACCUCUUCAAGUUCUUUUGGAGCACUCGGUGCAGCCGCCCAAACAAUAACCAGCCAUGGAUGCCAUCAAGAAGAAGAUGCAGAUGCUCAAGCUCGACAAGGAGAAUGCCUUGGACAGAGCUGAGCAAGCUGAGGGAGACAAGAAGGCAGCUGAGGAGAGAAGCAAACAGUUAGAGGAUGAUAUAACUCAAUUGGAAAAGAGAUUGCGUAUUACCGAAGACGAAAGAGAUAAAGUGCUUGAAGAGUUCCAAGGCGCUGAAGAGAAGCUGCUCAGCGCGGAUGAGGUCGCCACAAAGCUCGAGGAUGAUCUGGUAGCACUGCAGAAGAAACUGAAGUCAACUGAGGAUGAGUUGGAUAAGUACUCCGAGGCUCUUAAGGACGCCCAGGAGAAACUGGAACUGGCUGAAAAGAAAGCCGCCGAUGCUGAGGCUGAUGUCGCCUCCCUGAACAGACGCAUCCAGCUGGUUGAGGAGGAGUUGGAUCGCGCCCAGGAGCGUCUGGCCACUGCUCUGCAGAAGCUGGAGGAGGCUGAGAAGGCUGCAGAUGAGAGCGAGAGAGGCAUGAAGGUCAUUGAGAACAGGGCAUCCAAGGAUGAGGAGAAGUUGGAGCUGCAGGAGAUCCAGCUUAAGGAGGCCAAGCACAUUGCUGAGGAGGCUGACCGCAAAUACGAGGAGGUGGCCCGUAAGCUGGUGAUCAUUGAGGGUGAUCUUGAGCGUACAGAGGAACGUGCUGAGCUGUCUGAAGGCAAAUGCUCUGAGCUUGAGGAAGAGUUGAAAACUGUGACCAACAACCUGAAGUCACUGGAGGCCCAGGCUGAGAAGUACUCGCAGAAGGAAGACAAGUAUGAAGAGGAGAUUAAGGUCCUCACCGACAAGCUGAAGGAGGCUGAGACCCGUGCUGAGUUCGCUGAGAGAUCAGUAGCCAAGCUCGAGAAGACCAUCGAUGACCUGGAAGAGAAACUUUCACAUGCUAAAGGAGAAAACUUGGACCUGCAUCAGAUGUUGGAUCAGACUCUAAUGGAAUUAAAUAAUAUGUGAAAGUCUGGGUUUCCUUCUCCAAACGUUUGUUGUUUUUUUUGUUGGUUUUACUUGCACCUUGCUCACCAUGUUCCCCCGGCCCCUAUUCCCACCCCUUCUCACUCUCUUGCAACUCUGGUGGAAAACGAGUAACCAGAAGCUUUGCAUUCUCACUGGCCUGCUUUCAGUGAAGCACAGAGAAGCACCGAGCCAGAGGGAUUGGACAAGCCAAAUCGGAGAAACACUAGCAUUCCAACAACCUGAUCAUUGUAAUGAUGUCUGCAUUUUGUAAUCAAAAGGUUUUUUUAUGAAGAAUUAUAUGAUGAAAUUAACUUGUGCCAAAAAUCAAGCUUUUCCUCUAUUAAAGAUAAUGAUUUAGAUACAUUCCAGUGUCAACCCAGCAAUACAUUAUUUGUAUAAUACACUUCCCUUGAAAAAAAAAGUUGUAGAUGAUGAUUCCAUUAUGCACAUACAUUGUUAAUUGGACCAAAUCCUAAAUAAUGCCAAUGUUUCGUGAAGAACAGAUGUAUUCUUAUAUUUUGUAUUUUUUGUGAAUUGUCCUUUUCUGCAUGCUACAUUUUAAUAGAAGAUCUGCAAAAGUACAUGCAUAGGUAGUUUUAUUUAUAUUGUAGUUUUUUUUUUUUUUUUGUAACUGUGCCAUUAUUUAUUAAUGGUUGGAAGAGGAUUUGUCAACAGUCAAUUGAAUGUUUAUUUUUA